CCUAACCAACUCGCCGUGCGCCCGUGCCUUGCAAUCCAUCCCUGCCCAACUAAUUGUCUCGUUCCUUCCUCUCCCCCCUCCGCUGGCGGCGGCGAGGCGAGGCGGCUGACCACCGAUCGGGCCCUCUCCGGCGACCGCCGCACCCCGGCUUCAGGAGCAAUGGCUCUAUCUUCGCCGAUACGGAUUUCUCUCAUUGUUUCCUUCUUCGGGAUUCUGGCGUUCGUGCUUGGUGUUAUCGCGGAAAACAAAAAGCCCGCUGCUGGGACUCCUAUCCCAGGAAAGGAUGUCGUCAUCUGCAAGUUUCCAAGUGAUCCGACUCUUGCAAUGGGAAGCCUGUCCCUUGUGGCGCUUGUGGUAGCUGCCAUUGUAGGGCAUGUUGCUAUCUUUUUUCCGUACUCGGGCAAGUCGGUUCCUCAUGGAGCACUCUUUCAAAGCACCAGCUUGACUGUGUUCUUCAUUGUUGCUGAGCUUGUCUCAGCCCUGGCUAUUGCAAUGUUGCUCUGGGCAACUGUGACCGAGGGCCUUCACCGCAGCAAUACCAUCCAUCACGACAUGAAUUACCAGUGCCCUACUGCAAAGACCGGACUGUUUGGUGGUGCCGCUUUCCUUGCCCUAGACGCUGCUCUCUUCUGGCUUGUUUGCCAGAUGCUGGCCCUCAAUGCAAGGGCUGACUACCUGGAUGAGGAUGACAACAAGGGCGAAUAUGGCCAGGUUUACGCUGCUGAAGUUGAUGCCUCGAAGGUCUGAGCCCAUGUGGUCAUCGCUCAUCAGGGUUUUAUGAUUAGCGCCACUUAACUAUAGUACGCCAUCAACAAAGUCGCUUUUAGCUCCCUUAAAUCUGUAUAUAGUGUUAUGCUGGUUGCAAAGUCAUAAGUAAGGCUGUUACUUAUUCUACAUUUUCAGAUUUCAGUGUGAACAAUAAACUGCAUUCUCAAUGCAAUUGGUUUGCUACUUCCCUAAGUGAAUCUAACCUUGUGCUA